UUUUGUUAACUCAUGUUAAAAAAGAGAAUUCAGUUCUCUUUAAAAAAUAUGCACAUCAUAUCAGCAGCAUUGUGUUUUUGGAUUGUUUUUUCAGUGCAUUCCGCAGAAUCAUUGGAUGGUUCAUGUGGUUGCUCUAAACUUUCUCGCAGUUCAAAACUUUCUGAUUCUCAUUGCAGCUCAGAAAACGUUUUGAAAGAGGAUGUUGUUGAUAAAUAUUUAGAAGAAAAUAAUCAGAAUGCUUUAAACGGAAAAACUGGUGAUAUAGAGGAGGAGGAGUCUCGAAGUUAUGUAUUAAUUGAAGGGGGCAGUUUCCAAAUGGGUACCGACGAGCCUGUUUUCGUUGCUGAUGGCGAAGGCCCGGCAAGAAAAGUUACAGUCGAUAGUUUUUAUCUGGACGUACAUGAAGUCAGCAAUAGUGAUUUUGAAAAAUUUACGAAAGCAACUGGGUAUGUCACUGAGGCAGAGAAGUUUGGAGAUGCCUUUGUUCUCGAAAGUUUUUUGAGUAAUGAAGUGAAAGCUACCAUAACACAAGCAGUGGCAGCAGCUCCUUGGUGGGUUCCAGUAAAGGGAGCAGACUGGAGACAUCCAGAAGGAAUAGACUCGAACAUAAGUGAAAGGAUGGAUCAUCCAGUUGUUCAUGUAUCUUGGAAUGAUGCGAUAGCUUUUUGCCAUUGGAAAGGGAUGCGUUUGCCUACAGAAGCUGAGUGGGAGUAUGCAUGCCGUUCUGGAUUGCGAAACAGAUUAUUUCCCUGGGGAAACAAAGAAAUGCCCAAAGAGAAGCACUACAUGAACAUCUGGCAAGGUACUUUCCCAAAUGAGAACACAAAAGAAGAUGGUUAUAUGGGCACUGCUCCUGUUAGUGCUUUUCCUGCAACGGCUCUUGGCCUCAAGAACAUUGUGGGAAAUGUAUGGGAGUGGACAAAUGACUGGUGGACAACUCAGCACACCAAUCAAGCCCUUAACAAUCCACAAGGGCCUCAAUCUGGUAGUGACAAAGUCAAAAAGGGAGGCUCCUACAUGUGCCAAAAAAACUACUGUUAUCGCUAUCGAUGUGCAGCCAGGAGUCAAAACACACCAGAUACCUCUGCAGCCAAUCUUGGAUUUCGGUGUGCUAAGGAACAGUCCUAGUACUGCUUUUGUGACAGGAAACUUUUAUAACUGCCUACAUAUUAAUACAAUUUGUUAAGUAACCUAACCUUUUCCCAGAAUAGUUCAAUCGUAAUAUAUAUGUUACAGAAAAUGUGAUAAAUGCGUUGAUUUUACACAAUCCCUCGUGAUUAUUUAUAAUCACCACUUAAAUUAGUAAAUGUGAUAAAUUAUUGAAUAUUCAGCUGUAUAUAGCAAAUUUAUAGGUUUAUUUAUAGAAUCACCUACUCAUAAUGGGGAAUUUAAUAAAGUCAGUUACUUUGCCAUAAUUCAUUCAGUUUGCGCAGCUACUUGGCUUUUCCUGUGACGUACAUUUCCUUUAUGCGGCGUGCUACUGUGAUACUCUUUUAAUUGUUUACAAUUUUUUUUCAUAUUGAAAAUAUGAAUUUUUUUUGAACUAAGUCCUCAUUACUCUACAGAAUGAUUCAAAUUUAGUACGUUCCAGAUCAUGAGUUGGGGAUUGUAUAAGUAACCCUUGAUAAAUAUUGAAUAAUUUGUCACAUGUAACAACUUUUUUGGUGAUAUGAAUCAUCAUCAGUAAUCAUAUACAAUCAACAAUUUAUUGC